AUGUUAGCACUUUCAUCAUCAAUCUGGGCAAAAACAAUUUCAGAUGCACUUGGAACUGAAGAAAUUGAUUACCCUCGCUACGCGUUCAAUUACGCUAUCACUGAUCCCCUAACUAAAGACAACAAAGCGCAGUGGGAGGAGAGAGACGGCGAUAAAGUAAAUGGAGCAUAUUCUUUAUUGGAACCCGAUGGAAACCUACGUGUAGUGGAAUACACCGCAGAUGAUAUUAGCGGAUUCAGUGCCAUAGUAAACACUAUCGCUGCAGCCCUGAAAAGUCCUCAGCCGCUUUUAAAAUCUUUAAUUGUUCCAUUACCCGAAAUACCUUUGUUGAAGCUGAACCCCCUUACUUACGGAUUCGGUGCAGCAAAUUUGGCUGUAAGUAUUCCAAACGUUAAAGUAUCUGGAAGCAGUCUACCUUGGGAUCCGAAAACUGGUUCAUUUGGAGGAUGGAUACCAAUUAAUAGACCAAGUCAAACAAUCGCAAAGGCUACAAUUCUAAGGAAGAAAUAUGUCAACGGACGUUUGCAUAAAGUGGUAUAUGGUCCAAUUCCUUUACCUAAAAAAUCUGUGAUCUUAAUAAAAAAGAAGAAAGUUAAUUAUGAU